CAGUGAGUCCAGUGUUGCCAACUUGCCAAAACAUUGAAGAAGAGGAGGCCGAGGGAGCUAUAAGGACUGUCAAAGGAAGGCACCGAGCUAAGUAUUGUUGCAGUCUUAAAGAACAAAGUUAAGACUAUCAGGGCAAAGAAGGAAAAAUGCCUGUGAAACUUGAUCUUUCCAAGGCCCAGAAGAAGGAGGACACGCAUGUUCAAUACCUACCAUGCAAGAUUGACUUCUGUGGCAAUGCAGAGGUUGACAAGCAUUUCUCAGCCAGCGUAAGCGAGGAGGGAACAGGUAUGGAAGGCAGACUGCGGGGGCACCCUUUGAAUGGGGAGAAGAUGAGUGCACCAAAAGGAUACACAGGGGUGGUGCUGAGGGAGGCGCAGAUGUCUGUGGCAGCAAAAGGUGGUCAAGUAAUGAAGGGAUUGGUACUUUUUGAUAACUUCACCUACUGGAACUGGGACAGACAGCCAUCACGCUCAGACAAGUACCAGCAGGCCAUGGACUGGCUAGAGGUGGCUAGUGUGAUACAUGGGACUGAUGAUUGAAAUUUAUUGAAUUAUCUAGGAAGCAAAAUCUAAGUUAAUAAGUUAUAUAUUUUGUUUUUCCCAUAGUUCACUUUAUUCCAAAAUAUGGGGUGAUGGUUUAGGUCAAUUGUGAGAUUGAGUUAGUUCACACCUGUUCAUAAGAUUUAUCUAAUCCUGAGAACCAGCUGUUAGCUUAAAUCAGGGAUUCUAAUUAUUUAUUUGUUUAUUUUUCCUUUAGACAUCUUUUACUGAUAAGUUAUUUUGGAAGACUCCUGAUAUAUCUGUUACUGGCUUUUGAUAGUAAGAAAAAAAAGAUUAAAAUCAGUAGUCUUCUGUAAUUAUCUAUGAUUUUGCUCGUCAGUUUUUAUCACAAAGGUACUCAGCCCUGUGGAAUUGUUAUAAUUGUCUGUAAUGUUAAUGAGAGAACCAGUUCUCAAGAUUUUUAAUCACACCAUUAGUUCAGGGUUAAUUAAAUGGGUACUAAAAGUGUACAGAGCUAGAAUAAAAUCUCUUAUGUUGUA